ACGAAGUAUUUCUACUUCGUUACUAUACACCACUGGUAAACACCCAUAUCAUUCAAAGUUUGUAACAAAGAUGUGUUGUUACAAAUAGUCUACAAGCUCAAAGAAGACAUUAUACAACUGUUUUCAUUGGCUAGUCAGAACUCCUGCUGAUCUUCAUCUUUGAUGAUCUAGUGACCCCUUUACAAUUAAGUUAAGUACUUGAGAGAGAGUUGGCGACUGAUGUUAACACGAAGCGGUUUCUUUCACAGAGAUGAACAGUGAAAACUUCAGCUUGAGUGAGAAGAUAGUGUCGACUUCUUACGUUCGACAGGGGAGCCAGGCGCGCCGUGGCCAUGAGCAGCUCAUUAGACACUUACUGGAGCAGGGUAAGUGUCCAGAGGACGGGUGGAGCGAGAGCACCGUAGAGCUCUUCCUGAGCGAGCUGGCCGUGAUGGACAGCAAUAACUUCCUCAGCAACUGUGGUGUAGGAGAGAGGGAGGGCCGGGUGGCAUCCAGCCUGGUGGCGAGACGACAUUACAGGUUGAUCCAUGGCAUCGGUCGGUCAGGUGAUAUUGCUGCUGUUCAGCCCAAAGCUGCAGGAUCCAGUCUGCUCAACAAGCUGACCAAUUCAGUGGUGUUGGACAUCUUAAAGCUCUCAGGUGUCCGGAGUGUGGCGAGCUGCUUCGUAGUUCCCAUGGCAACAGGGAUGAGCUUGACUCUGUGCUUCCUGACUCUCCGCCACCGACGGCCCAAAGCGCGCUACAUCGUCUGGCCUCGCAUCGACCAGAAGUCCUGUUUCAAAGCCAUGAUCACAGCAGGCUUUGAGCCGGUGGUGGUGGAGAAUAUACUCGAGGGCGAUGAGUUGCGGACAGACUUGGAAGCCGUUGAGCGCAAGAUCGAAGAGCUCGGAGCCGAGAACAUCCUGUGUGUUCAUUCAACAACGUCCUGCUUUGCCCCGCGUGUCCCCGACAGGCUUGAGGAACUGGCUGCUGCGUGUGCCAAACAUAAUAUUCCCCACAUAGUUAACAACGCUUACGGCGUACAGUCGUCCAAAUGCAUGCACCUCAUACAACAGGGGGCUCGUGUUGGAAGAAUCGAUGCCUUUGUACAGAGCCUGGACAAGAACUUCAUGGUUCCAGUAGGUGGCGCCAUUAUCGCAGGUUUUGAUGAGUCCUUCAUACAGGAGAUAAGCCAGAUGUACCCAGGUCGAGCAUCGGCUUCACCUUCCCUCGACGUCCUCAUUACCCUUCUCACUCUGGGAGCCAGCGGCUACAAGAAACUCCUGUCGGAGAGAAAGGAGAUUUAUUUGUUCCUGGCCCAGGAGCUGAAGAGUCUAGCCUCAGCACACGGGGAGCGAUUGCUUCACACCCCACAUAACCCCAUUUCACUGGCCAUGUCCCUGGAUGGUCUCCAGGCCGAGAGCGACAAGGCGGUGACUCAGCUGGGCUCCAUGUUGUUCACCCGGCAAGUGUCGGGAGCCAGGGUAAUACCGCUGGGUAAGGAGCAGACCGUAAGCGGACACAGGUUCCUCGGCUUUAUGUCCCACUCUGAGGCAUACCCCUGUCCCUACCUGAACGCCGCCUCAGCUGUGGGCAUCACUCGGGAGGACGUGACACUGUGCAUCAAAAGGCUCGACAAGUGCCUGAAGACCCUGAAGAAAGAGGGGAAUGCUGCGAAAAGUAGUUCCCCAGCUGUCCCACUGUGCGAGGGGGACACUACAGGAGAAUGACUGACUGAGCUGAAAUGAGAACCCUUUUAAAGACAAAGUGAUUUCUACUUAGUCUGAGCACUCUGCUGCCUGUGUGUGUUUUGAAUGGCUCUUGCUGAUGGAUUAUCAAUCCAGACAUUGUAAUAAGGUCAAAGCCUUGAGCUCAGCGAGCAACAGCUGGCGAUGCUGACAAAGCAUCCGCAAAACACUUGCAUUGUUGUCUGUAUAUGUUGAAAAUGCUUUACUUAACUGUGAAUUUUUGGACUCAAAAUAGAUGCUGGAUAAACCAUGUAAAAAUG